GUUGAAUUAAAGAUGGCGUGUUACCGUUUCUGCGGAUUUUAUUUUGUCUGAUUCGAUUGUAUUAUUUAUUUUCAAUGUCUUCGAAGUUUGCUUCUUGAGUUUAGUUCUAUGACUAAAUUGUUGUUUAUAAAUAUUUGAUGUAUUUAACUGCACGAGCAUAUAAAAAUAAACUUAUUGCGCGAGUAUACACUUUAAAAUGGCUUUGAAUUCUGUUUGUAUGACAUCAGAUGUGUAUUUAGUUUGCUUACAACAUGCUUUAUCAACUGAGAAGGAAGAAGUCAUGGGACUGCUAAUUGGAGAGAUCGACUCGAAGAAGACGCUGCACAUCUCGGCGGUGGUGGUGCUGCGCCGGUCCGACAAGCGCAAGGACCGCGUGGAGAUCUCCCCGGAGCAGCUGUCCAACGCCGCCGUCCACGCUGAGCGGCUCAGCCACGAGCUGAACCAGCCCAUGAGGGUGCUGGGCUGGUACCACUCGCACCCCCACAUCACCGUCUGCCCGUCCCACAUAGAUGUUACGACUCAGGCCAUGUACCAGAUGAUGGACAAAUAUUUUGUUGGGAUAAUAUUUUCAGUUUUCUCGGAAACAAAAACGACAAAGGAGCAGCAGGUGCAGGUGACGUGCUUCCAGUCGCUGAACAAGAACCCGGACUGUGAGCCCCCGGCCUACGUGCAGGUGGAGGUGCCCCUGCACUUUGUGCCGGCCAGCAGACUGUCCCGGCCCUGCCUCCAGUCAAUGAUAGAGCUGCCGGAGAUUCUGUUCCAAGAGGAAAAGGACUGCUACGAUGCGACCAGGCGGCUGCAGUACCUCAGUGUUGUGGAUCAGCUAAACAACGAUGCAGUGUUCACGAAGGCCAUGUGCCACAUCACGGAGAUGCUGACCGCCCCGCUGGUUAAGUCCUUGGAGCAGCGGAGGACUCUCUGCAGGCGCCGGCUCGACGAGCUGCUGCGCGAACGGGAGCAGAUCAUGACCGAGAAACUGCAGGCGUGAGACCGCACCAGCCAAACCUUUACCAUUUUGUUCAACUGCAACGCAACAGAAGAGGCAGGAUGUGUUGCUGUGAUGGGAUUUUCAAAUUGUUUUAGAUUUUAUAAUCACAAUUUUUUGUUCCUUAAACCAAUGAUGUUGAAAAAAAAAAAAAAAUGAAAUGCUACUUGUAACAACCACAUUUAUGGUAACUUGUACAUGUAAUGCAUCUGGUCUAGUUUUACCAACAGAACGACUAGUUCAAAUGAAAUGUGUGUUGAGCUACAAUUGGCCAUUUACCAAUUUCACACAGUGUUUUGUUUUUGAGUACAUCUUAAUUUACAAUUA